GUCAUCGACCCUGACAUGGUGGCCUUGUUCGAGGAUUUCCUGGGGAAAGAGGUCUUGGAGGAGACGACGAUGUCCUCGGCGGGGGUGAAUCCCCUGGCAAAGCCCUACCACUACGUGGUGCGGGACACGGAGCAGAAUGGGCUCUGCCUGCACAACGGGCACCUGGUGGCCACCAGACUGCAGGGUGCCAACGCCACCCAGGAAGAACCCAUCAGUGUGGUGCCCAACCAGUACCUGGAGCGCCGGCGCUGUCCUCUCAUCGUGGGCAUCCGUGGUGGCACCCAGGCCCUCUCCUGCGGCACCGGUCCUGAGCCCCAGCUGAAGCUGGAGGAGGUGGGGCUGCUGGACCUGUUCUCGCGGGGGGCCGAGGCCACCCCCUACACCUUCUACAAGACCUUCGGUGGCUCCACGCACACCUUCGAGGCUGCAGCCUUCCCCGGGCACUUCCUCAGCACCACCCAGGGGCAGGGGGAGGCACUGUCCCUGGCCCCCCCCCCUGCCGUCACCAGCUUCUACCUGCUCCGCAAAUGA